GGUGGUCGUUAGGAGGCGUGUCGUAGCGUGAGUUUAAAUUUAAAACAAAUAUUGCGCGGGCCGUGUACAGGUGGACUACUAGUGGCAAACUGGCGGGUUGCCGUGUGGUCGAUGGGAGAGCUCAAACUCGACUACAUUUUUACUGAGCCUUUUGCGGAAUAUUUUUUUGAGGGCCCAAAACUGCCGCUGCGAAACUAAAACAAAGCAAGCCUCAAACUAACAAACAAACGAUAGCCACUCGGUGCGUUUUGUUUUUUCAAGAUGUCCAAUGGCAAGAUAAUCGCCAACACUCCUUUGGCUGUGGACUUCUGGCAUGUUCGCAGAUGUCCAGAGAGCAGACUUUUUUUCUUGACGCAUAUGCACAGCGACCAUACGGUCGGCCUGACUUCCACAUGGGCGGACCGACCCAUUUACUGCUCCCCCGUGACUGCAUCUCUACUCAAAAUGAAGUUGCAGGUGAAAGAAAAGUGGAUCCAUUCGUUGGAGGUGGGGGAGUCACACCUUCUGCCCCUGGAUGACAUUGGCAAGGAACACAUGACCGUCACACUGAUCAACGCCAACCACUGUCCAGGCGCUGUCAUGUUCCUCUUCCAAGGCUACUUUGGCACCAUACUAUACACUGGUGACUUCAGAUAUUCCUCGUCACUGCUGCGUGAAGUGUGUUUGGCAACUAAUGCCAAUAUUGAUGUCCUGUACUUGGAUAACACCAAUUGUGACCCCAACCGCAUCAUCCCCUCAAGACAGGAAGCCACUCAACAAAUCAAGCAAAUCAUCCGCAGCCACCCAGACCAUAAUGUUGUCCUAGGUCUGUACGCCCUAGGCAAGGAGUCCCUGUUGGUGGAGCUGGCCAUGGAAUUUCAAACUUGGAUCGAGGUAAGCAUGGACAGAAUGGAGACCCUCAGAUUGCUCAAACUACCCGACGUGUUCACCACAGACUUUGACGCUGGUCGCAUCCGCGUUGUUGAACAAAGAGAGAUCACCUUUUCAGCUCUGUGUCAUUGGAACAGCAAAAAACCCACGUUGGCCAUCUAUCCUACCAGCAGGCCUACCCCCCUCUUCCACUCCAAAUUUCAUGUGGUGCCCUACUCUGAUCAUUCGUCCUAUCAUGAGCUUGUAGACUUUGUCUCUGGACUCAAACCUUUCUCCCUCGUGCCCAUUGUUGGCAACAGCAUUCCAGAAAGCCUAUCUACCUUGUUACCUUGCAAACGGCACCAAGUAAUUGUGCCUCAGUCAGUGCAACAGUACAUGAGUAGGCUACCAGAAAACUGUCACAAAUCAUCAGCCUACCUACCGCGCCAACAUGACCGGCCACUUGUGCCUAAAGGAGUGAUUUUUGACUCUCCGGGGAGCUCAACUAAGAGGCCCAGGAACUCUCUUUGUCAAGAUUUUUCUUCUGAGGAGGGGAUAGAAACGGACAGUGUUGAUUGUGAUAUGCCCAAAUCCAGCAAAAUUCUCACCUCGAGGAAAACAUGCCACCAAAACUCUUUAAACUCAUGCAGGCGCAACUUCGUGCGCACCAUCCCGGAGGAGAUGUUAACUACGCACUCCUUGCCGUUUAGUCAACUCAGCGAGAGCAACUUUGCCCCCAUGGAGAUCCUGAAGUUUAGGAACGUACACCUAACACCGAGGCAACGUACCACUAAGGAGGCAGCAGGAAGCUUGGCCAAAAGGAUUUCUGCUUGUUCAAUGUCUAAUGACACUGACUCAAGCGUGUCUGAAAGUGACUCUAUAAUCCUCUGCAGUUUAAAUUGUGAUUCCCCUACUUUGUCAGAUUUAUUGGGGGUUUCCGAGGCUGAAUUAAACCAGGUGGAAAAUGACGUCUUUAAUCAUCUAGUUAUCCCAGAGCAGGAUUUAGAGCCGUUGUGCCUCCUCAAUGAGGAUGCCCUUCGCAUGGUUCGCCUUUGUCCUGUACCCAAGCGACACUUGCUAUAAGGCUUUUACAAUUGUUUGUAUUCCACUACAGAUUUUCAUUAAGCCAAGGCACACAUUCUUAACAUGAAAACACUCGGGUUUGAACUCAAUCAAACAAAAAUAUUUGGGAUAUUUUAUGCACACGUGAGUAAAAUUAUUUGUACACAAACUGUAAUGGAAAAUGAUGCAAUCCUCAUUCAUGUAACUUAGCAGUGACUAAACUAAUAUUGAAUGCAACUGUAAUGAAAAUUAUCCAAUGAAAAGCAAUAACUGAUUUUAUUUGGGGGUGCGGGGGCAACAGAAUGUAUUAGUACAAAUGAAAACGACCUUGUCAAACUGUGCUCUUGACUUAAUAUUUCCAUAUACAUACAUUUAAGGAAUUCACCAUUUUUAGGAAAUUUUUGUAACUCCCAAAGAGACAUUUAGCAUGUCUCUACAUGGGUUUUGAACACUAUUUGUGAGGCAAGUUUUCCAACCACCUGUGAGUUCUGACUGUUACUCCUUUCGAAGUUAUUCAAAGCUUAACAUUGUUCUUGGACUUUUAACAACCAUUUAUUUGGACAACAGGGUUUUUUUAAGGGGGCUUUCUUUCGAUGAUAUGUUAAAGCGUCUUUCACUGACUCCAGAAUCCAUUUUUUGUUCAUAUCUGUUCUUGAUUUAUCUUAUUGGAUAUCUGUACUUUCUCCAGCUAGAACAGGCAUGGACUGUUAAGCUAUUUGUUUCACAGUAGGUUCAGUGUUCUUUCUACUCAUAGCACAGGUAAAGUCACUGUCAUUGUUGAAAAAUGGAAUGUCCUCAGUAAUUACUGAAAUAAGUUGAAUAUUGGCAAGGCUUCUACGGCAGUGUUGCAGCGACAGCAAUAUGGUUAGUUGCAAACUCAUUGGGUGCUAUUGACGGUGACAUUCGAACCAGAUCAACUCUAAAAGUAAACUGUUUCUAUAUUGACCACACAUUACCAAUGAAAACACUGACAUUAAGAAACUAGAUCAACUACUUUCCUACAGUUGUAACUGCUUUAAUGUGAUUUGAUUAUUUAACUUAUUGGCUGUCAUUGAUGGCGAGAGAUGUCCAAUCCAUUUUGACCGGGAGGGGAUGGCAGUGACCUCACAGUCAAAAUGAAUUGAGCUUCUAUCGCAGUCAAUGGCACUGAAAAACGAUCAUUCAAUGUCAGCAAUCUAUCAAUGGCAUUAAAUGUGUUAAAUGCUGCAACAUCAUCGAAUGUUGUAUAGGUUUGAUUGCUGUUGAACCAUACAGCCCUCUUAUAAAAUGCUUUUUGUGACAACUGUGUUUUUUUAAACAUGUGUGAGCUGCUUCUGGGUGACUUUCAAGGUGUUGCGUUGUAGCCCUCAAAAAGGGCAUUUGUUCAUUGAAAGAAUAAUAAAGUUUGCGUAUACUUAAUAGUACUGGUGUGAACAAUAAUCGAUGCGGCGAUGUAUCCCGAUGCGGGGCAUGGACGAUUCGAUUCGAUGCGGGCAACAAGCCGUAUCAAUUCAGCGCAUUUUAAAAUAUAUGACUAAUAGCCUAGAUCUUGAGCCCAAACCCGACCCAACCAGACCCGAAUUUCGGGCCGAGUUGGGCCCAAAAUGUCAAUGAUUUACGUUCGGGUCGAGCCGGACUUCUUGCUCGCUCGCUCGUUUUUUUUUUUUUUUUUUUUAAUAAAUAUAUAUUUGUAUACUAAAAUGAUGUAUGGAUGUUAAACUAAGGAAUAUUUGUUAUAAAAAUAAAUAAAUUGGAUAAAACGGACAGAAGGCGCUUUGGUAAUCCCAAACAUGAGCCACAGCAGAGCCAGUGCAUUGUUUGCGCACAUUAACGCCGUGGCCCCGCCCUCCUUUUAAUCUCCCCCUCGCGCUUUGGCCUCUCCGCUAGUCUGCAGCUGCAUCCUCGUAUUUCCUUUUCGAAUUUCGAUAUAGAGCAGCAAGAGGUGAAAAGCAAACUAAAGACUGGGGGAUUGAAAAGGCAAGAAUCCACGAGUGCUGUGUGUAAAGGAUUUAAAUCGAUACUGGAAGAUGCUACAUAAAACAGUGUCGGCCUUGCCGAAUGCAACAAAUGUGGCGUUUUGCUCUCGUACGAGAGCAGAAAGACUGGCACCUUGACGCUGAGCAGGCAUUUUAAAAACUGUACUGGCCUAAAAGAUGAUGUUAGUCAAACAUCGUUAUUAUCAUUUGUUUUGAGGGCUGCACCUCUUCUUGCUACGCAGGACAUUGUGGUAUUCCUUUAAAUGUUAUUAUUUAUUUUGUUUCAGUGCUCCUUAAGGCAGGUUGUUCUUUUGUGUGUUCUAAUAUGAGUCAUUAAAAUAGAGAAUGUUGUUUAAAAGUAUUUUAGUUUAUUUUUGUAUAUGCUGCUGUUCCUGUCAUUGUCAUGGCGCAUUGUAUGAGCAAAAUAUCCCACACAGAAAUAUAUUUAACAAACCUUUCCUGCGUUAUUUCGUUGUGUAAAUGCAUUUAUAAUGAUCAGAAAAAUAGGUGGACUGUUUAAACAUUAAGAAAACUUGCGUUUUUUUCUGCCAACUCGAAGAAAUUAAAAUAAAUGUCUAUUGCAUUUUGCCGAGGAAAUGACGCAUGAACUCUCCACCUGAUAGAACAGACACAAAAAUAUAAAAGAUAUAAAUGUUUAUUGAAUAUGCAUCUUACACUCUUGUUUAACUGGGAGAAUUUGUUACAAAACACGGGCUUUAAUUUGUUAUCAUUAUGCACAUGGCAUCGUCACAAAAAACACAACCACGCAUCGCAUCCCUGCAUUUCCUCCCCCACCUGAGUCCUCGCAA